UUUAUCUGCACCAAUACCCAGAACAGCAGGAAUGGCCCUCUCAGUUUUUCGACUGACAGUUGUCCUAGGACUGUGUGCUCUAAUCCUGACAAGCCAGGCAGAUGACAAACCAAAGGAAGAUGACAAUUCAGAUGAGAAAUCAGAUAACAAUCCAGAAGACUCAAGUAAAAAACCAGAGCCAGAGUUCCCCAAAUUUUUAAGCCUCUUGGGUUCAGAGAUCAUAGAGAAUGCAGUGGAUUUCAUCCUUCGGUCCAUGUCCAGGGGAUCAAGUUUUAUGGAACUUGAUGAGGACCCUGGACAGCCACCUUCAAAAGUGACAUCCUAAGGUAAUUUAACUUAUACUUUACAGGCCACACCCAUCUGGCAGCUGGACAAAGCAAGGGCAGCCAGAUCCUGAACAUCCAGUUCUGUUGCACAAAGUCAUCCAGAACCAGAGACCUCAAGGCUCCCAGCAGGUCACCAGGAUUGGAUCUCCACUUUCAGACAAAUAUAAUUCAUUUGAGCUCUUUGA